UCAACUUUGCAGCUUGGACACAGAUAAAGUCUGAGGCCAAGGUGCCGCUGGCAACUUGUGGACUGUCACAGUGGAUAUAGACUCAUAGAUAACUUCGGGACUGUCUGUGAAACAUAUGCAGUGACUUCUUUUUUUUUUUAAUGUCAUACAUAUUCAGAGACUCUAAGUCCUAUUCAAUGAAGUCUGCAGUGUGUUAACGUGCCUCAGCGACUGCUGUUUAUCUGCAGAGCUCAUCUGGCCCUGUUCAAGAGCUCCUGUCAAGGCCCUCAUAUCUGUAAUACUUGCUGAAAUUGAAGAGAGAAAAAAUGGCACCUGCUGUCGGUGGUCCUGUAGGCUACACUCCACCUGAAGGUGGCUGGGGAUGGAUGGUGGUAGCUGGGGCCUUCAUCUCUAUCGGCUUCUCCUAUGCAUUUCCUAAGUCCAUCACUGUGUUCUUUAAAGAGAUCGAGGUGAUCUUCGAUGUGACCAGCAGUCAGGUGUCCUGGAUCUCUUCCAUCAUGUUAGCGUGCAUGUACGGCGGAGGUCCUAUCAGCAGCAUCCUGGUGAAUAAAUAUGGGAGUCGUCCUGUUAUGAUGGCUGGUGGAUGCCUGUCCGGGUUGGGCCUUGUUGCUGCCUCUUUCUGCAAAACUAUUGAAGCUCUGUAUUUUUGUAUUGGUGUCAUUGGAGGUUUGGGAUUGGCCUUUAACCUCAACCCUGCACUCACUAUGAUCGGAAAGUACUUCUACAACAAGCGACCCAUUGCCAAUGGAAUAGCGAUGGCUGGCAGCCCUGUGUUUCUCUCCACCCUGGCUCUGAACACUUGGCUCUUUGACCAGUUUGGCUGGAGAGGAAGCUUCAUGAUCCUGGGCGGCCUGCUCUUUAAUUGCUGUGUCGCUGGUUCCCUCAUGCGGCCCAUAGGACCAAAACCCAAACCUGCGGAGAAGAGCACAGAGAGGAAGACUGUAGUGCAGACAAUUAACAGUUUCAUUGACCUAUCUUUGUUUAAGCACCGUGGCUUUUUGCUCUAUAUCCUGGGCAAUAUUAUCAUGUUUUUCGGCCUCUUUGCACCACUGGUGUUCCUCAGUAAUUUUGCAAAGAGUAGAGACAUCCCCAAAGAAAAGGCAGCUUUCUUACUGUCUGUGCUGGCUUUUGUCGACAUGGUUGCCAGGCCCUCCAUGGGCAUUGUGGCAAACACUAAGUGGAUCCGGCCUCGAAUCCAGUACUUCUUCGCUGCCUCUGUGCUUUAUAACGGUGUUUGUCACAUUCUGGCACCAAUGUCUGUGACCUACACAGGCUUUGUGAUUUAUGCCAUCUUCUUUGGGUCUGCUUUUGGCUGGCUGAGCUCAGUGCUGUUUGAGACCUUGAUGGACCUUGUUGGAGCACAACGCUUCUCCAGUGCUGUUGGCCUGGUCACUAUUGUGGAGUGUGGUCCUGUAUUGUUAGGGCCCCCUUUGCUUGGGAAGUUCAAAGACAUCUAUCAUGAUUACAAGUACACGUACCAGGGCUGCGGGAUCAUCCUUAUCGUCUCCAGCGUCUUCCUCUUUGCAGGGAUGGGACUCAACUAUCGACUGCUGGCAAAGGAGAAGAAAGAGGAGGAGAGGAGGGUCAGGGUAGUAGGGAGAGAACAAAAGUCCAACAGGGACAAUGCUGCCAAGGAGGUAGCAGAGGCUAGGAACACAGAAGACACUGUCUAAUAGUUCGUAUACCAUUUUAAGCUACAUUUUUGUUCAAUUUUUUUAAGUAUAUAUAUGAUGGAUGCACGAGUUAAAGGAAACGGCAGUGAACAAUCUUGUUUCUUUAUGACAUUUUGAUCAAGAGCACAGUAUUGUUCAUGACUUCACCAGCAUUUCCAUGUGAAGUUUUUAAACAUCUUUAAAAGCCUUAAAACCCUAAUGAAUAAUCCACAUAAAUACCUGUGAUAUUCUAACAGUGACUGUUAUUUGUGUUUGAUAGUCUAUUAAAGUGUGCUUAGCCUUUCAUGUCACUGAAAUCAUCAAGAUAUUAUUAUAAUGCCUUUUCAAUCUCAGAUGGUAUCUCUAUAACCUUUCCAUAAGUCGUUUUUAUAUAGCACACAAACGCUCAACAAUGUAACAUAAGAUAAUUAAAGAGAUUAUUCAAUAUGGAGCAUUCAAAGUGCAGUGCUGUAUUUUUCAAAGCCAACUGAAAACAUGUGAUAUGAAAGUGUAUAAUUAUAGCAUUCACUUUACUUUGCCCAGCACAUUGUCUUACAAACUCUUGUAUAAAGGAUUUUCUCCUUUGACUGAUGCUGUUUUGGAAACAUAUUUGGGGCCAACUUUUUUCUUGUUCUUUAUAUUCCACAAAUAUAGGCUAUUAUUACUUUACUCAAUUUGUCUUUUUUUGCCAGUCCAUUUCUUGAAGAUGGGUGGUGGGAAUAAGCAUUACUUUUGAGGGCAUUAAACCUUCUUUUAAUAGCUUUGUGUAUUCACAUAAUAGAAAAAUGUAAUGCAAGUUAUUGUAUCUGGAUCACA